AUGGCAACACCACAGCCAGAGACUUCAAUUCCAGCCGGGCCACGACCCCCACGUUCUUCGAGACCAUCUAGACGCAGAGGGCGGGGUUCCGCGAAGCGUGAUGGUCAACAACAAACACCUGCGGGCGAAGCCCAAAAUCAAGCUGCACCGCAAUCACAGCCUACACAGUCUCAACCACAGCCGAAUACAGCACCCCAACCUAGUCAACAGGAUGCACCAACCAGCUCGCGGAGAGGGGGAAUAGAGAAGGAAGAGGCCGGAGACAACGGAACCCUCCCCGGCAGGGACAGAAUCAAAAUGGAGGAGCUGAAAGCCAAGAGACACGACCAGAGGCGCGAACCCGCCGAAAAUGCCACUUUGGACGGUGCGGGGCAUUUACAUGACCAGUCACUGAGAGCCGAUGUGCCAGAUUUUGUACCGGGCAUGCCGCCAUCCCAACAACGAAAACCUGCUGAAUCAACAUCAUCUUCAAAGGGGAAAGGGAAAGCUAGACAGCCUAGAGCACCUCCGCCACCUAAAGUCACAGCGAAGUCAACAGCCGACGACCUAGCCACCCGCAUUCACGAAGAUAUUUCGCAUAAUCUAUACGAAUGUCCUAUCUGCUGCAGCGAGCUGGGUCGCAGGUCCAAGGUCUGGUCUUGUGAGCUUUGCUGGACUGUUUUCCAUCUGAGCUGUGUCAAGAAAUGGUCCACGAAUGAAGGUGCAGCUGCACAGAGGGCUUCUGCUCAAGAAGACGGGCAGGAAAGCUCCACUCCUCGCGCUUGGCGUUGUCCGGGUUGUAACCUUUCUCAACAAAACUUCCCCACGAGCUACUCCUGCUGGUGUGAGAAAGAAGUUGAUCCUAGGCCGCUUCCUGGUUUGCCUCCGCACUCGUGUGGACAGACUUGUUCACGGCCUCGCAAAAAUUGUCCCCAUCCUUGUGAUACGACUUGUCAUGCUGGUCCGUGUACGCCUUGUACUGCUAUGGGCCCAAUCCAGGAUUGUUUCUGUGGGCUUAAUUCGUCGCAGAAGCGUUGUCAGGAUACCGACUAUGAGAAUGGAUGGAGCUGUGGAGAAAUCUGUGGUGAGUUGCUGCCAUGCGGGGAACAUACUUGUCCGCUUCCAUGUCAUGAGGGAUUGUGUGGUGGCUGUGAGGUUAGCAUUGAUGCCCGUUGCUAUUGUGGAAAACUGCAGACGGAGAUGCUAUGUAAGUCUAAGGAUGAUGAGGAGGACAGUCGGAUCGUCCGCGAUGACGGCACAGAAGAUGAGUGGACCGGCUGCUUCGGUUGUGGAGAGUCUUGUAACCGUCCAUUUGAUUGUGGCAAACAUUCAUGCCAGAAGAACUGUCACCCCCAAGAUCCUCAUCCUGCACACUGUCCACAGUCACCGGACGUCAUUGUCGAUUGUGCCUGUGGCAAGACACCGUUGUCUGAAAUCCCGGGAUACACACCUCGUACCUCCUGCGAAGACCCCAUCUUGAAUUGUUCCAAGCCUUGCGGGAAGACACUACCAUGUGGUCAUCCUUGCGAGAAGCUCUGUCAUGUUGGAUCUUGUGGCGCUUGUUUACGCAAUGUUUACAUCAAGUGCAACUGCGGUCGUACUAAUAACCUCACAAUCUGUCACCAAGGCAAGAAUGAGCCUCCCCAGUGCCCACGCACAUGCAAGGCAACUCUUCACUGUGGUCGACACACAUGCACUGAAAGGUGUUGUCCGGGAGAGCAAAGGGCCAACGAGCGCCAGGCUGCACGUCGUAAACUCAGGCCCCAUCUCCGGCCCGCUGAUGAGGACAUCGAAGCGGAACAUAUCUGCACUCGCAUAUGUGGCCGGAUGCUGAAAUGCGGAAGGCAUACAUGUCCGGAGCUUUGCCACAAGGGUGCUUGCAAUACCUGCAGGGAGGCAGUAUUUGAAGAGAUUCCGUGUAAUUGCGGAAGAUCUGUUCUGUAUCCACCGCAGCCGUGUGGUGCAAAACCACCUGCUUGUAACUUCCCCUGUGAGCGUCCAAAGCGAUGCGGUCACCCUCAAGCCGCACAUACCUGCCACACGGACGAGGAGAGCUGUCCGAAGUGUCCAUUCUUGACCGAGAAGGCGUGUCUGUGCGGAAAGAAGGUGUUGAAAAACGUGCCCUGCUGGCUGGCAGAUGCGCGCUGCGGUCAAGUAUGCGGGCAGCUGCUCAAAUGUGGCUCUCAUCACUGCCGGAAGGACUGUCAUCGUCCGGGGGAUUGCGAAGACGCAACUAAACCUUGCAGCCAGCCCUGUGGAAAGAACAAGACGAUGUGCGGCCAUCCUUGCACAGAGCAAUGCCAUGCGCCAUACGCGUGUCCUGAGAAGACACCAUGUUCCUCCAAGAUCGCAGUGACAUGUAGCUGUGGACGACUGCGACAAGAAAGACGCUGCAACGCCGCCAAGGCUGUGACCUCCAAGGGCCAAGUGCAAUCGCCCCAGCGCCACCCAGAAUUGACCCCAUUGACUUGCGACGACGAAUGCACACGUCUGGAGCGGAACCGCUCUCUGGCGGGUGCUCUCGGCAUCGACAUCAACCAGACAACCACGCUUCAAAACAUCACAGCAGAGAACCUCCCCUACUCGGAAGAGACUCUAAAUCAAUACGUCCAGCUCGCAUGCUCGGUCCCUCUAUCAACCCUCCAAACCUACGAAUCCAAUCUCCAUGCCCUGGCAGUAGCAGACAAAACCACCCGCUCAUUCCGUUUCCAGCCGGCGAAAUCUACUCUCCGCGCAUUCGCGCACUCCCUCGCCGCAGACUGGGGCUUCGUGACAGAAAGCCACGACCCAGAACCCCACCGCCACGUUUUCGUCUUAAAACCGGUUUCCUGGACACCUCCCCUCUUCGGCAUGGGCAGCGGCUCGACCAUCGGUAUCGGCGGCAUGAGCGUACGCGAGUGUGUCAAGCUCCGCGAGCGCGAGCGCAGCAAAGAACAAGAAGCGCGUCGUGUCGCCGCCCUCGAGGCUAAGGCCACCCGUGAGGCCGCCAAGGCACAGGCUAGUGCUGGAGAUGGUGGAUGGGCUCAGGUUGCUUCGAAGAGUAAGGGUGGUAGUGGGGCUAGUUCGAGGACUGGAACUCCGGUUCAGAAUCCGUGGGUGAGCAAGUCUAUCUAUGCUGCCCUUGAUGGUGAUGGCCCGAAGAAGGAGCGCUUGGUUCUGAGGUCUGGUGUUGGGGUCGGCAAGUCUUUGCGUGCGAAGACACCUGCGCCUGAGGUUGUUGAUGAUUGGGAAGAGGCUGAGGAGAAGGAAGAGAAAGAGGAAGCGGGGGAACAGAGUCAGGACCAGAAUCAGGACCAGGAAAUAUCUGUCCGUGAGGACCCUGAGGGAAAGUCUGAACUUGCCCCUGAGACCGAGACUCCUGUGGACGAUCGCCCCACUCAGGCUGAAGCAACUCAGGUCGAAGAAACUCAGGCUGAAGCAUCUGUUACAGAUGAUGUGCCGGUCUAA